AUGGAUCCUGUCGGACCACCCUUCAGGGACUCUUCUCAUGUGCACCCAUCUCAUGGUGGAUGGGUGCCAGGCUCUUGGCCACAAGCUCCUAAACGUUUGGACUCAGCUCUGGGCAGGGCAGGACCUGCAGGCAGAGGCCAUGUAUUUAGAAAGCCAGGAAACCCAAGCCCACGGAGUGGGCCACCACAAAGGGAAUCUGGGGGUUUGGUCUCCAUGUUCCGGGGGCUUGGCCUUGGAACAGUGUCUCAGCCCCCUCUGAAACAAGAAGUGCCUCCUUUAGGUAGAGGCAUUUUAGGUCGAGGCUUGACCACCAGUAUGGUGCCCAAAGACAAAGAAGAACCCCAUCCCGUGUUUCUGGAUCCUUCAGUGUUGGCAGUUGGGGAUAGCAAGAUGGCCGAGGCCUCCGUUGGUUGGAAUAGAAUUCGUGGAAGAGGGGAUACAGAUGUGUUGUUAUUACCACUGGGAAGAGCUGCCUGUGGUGUAGGCAGAGGAGUAUGCAGGGCUCCGGACACACUCAGCCUGGCCUCUCAGGAUCCUGCUCAGCUGUCUUCACCUCCACCUCCUCCCCUGUCCUCACUGCAUUCUCUAGAGCACAAAAGAAAAGAGUGUUUUGUGAAGCAAGGAUCAAAAGGAACACCUCAGUGUUUGGGACUGAACUUUAUCAAAAUACAGUGUCAUAAUGAAGCAGUUUAUCAAUAUCAUGUGACUUUCAGUCCCAGCGUGGAGUGCAAAAGCAUGAGGUUUGGCAUGUUAAAGGACCAUCAAGCUGUCACCGGAAAUGUCACUGCUUUUGAUGGAGCCAUUCUUUAUCUGCCUAUUAAACUUCAACAAGUUCUUGAGUUAAAAAGUCAAAGGAAAACUGAUGGCAUGGAGAUCAGCAUUAAGAUUCAGUUGACAAAGAUCCUGGAGCCGUGUUCUGAUUUGUGCCUUCCCUUCUACAAUGUUGUUUUCCGUCGGGCAAUGAAACUCUUAGAUAUGAAGCUUGUGGGGAGAAACUUCUAUGACCCUACAAGUGCUAUGGUCCUGCAACAACACAGAUUGCAGAUCUGGCCGGGCUAUGCGGCUAGCAUCCGGAGGACAGAUGGUGGUCUUUUCCUGCUAGUGGAUGUCUCCCAUAAGGUCAUUCGGAAUGAUUCUGUGCUGGACAUCAUGCGUGCCAUGUAUCAGCAGGACAAAGAAAACUUCCGGGAUGAAUGCACUAAGCUUCUGGUUGGCAAUAUUAUCAUAACCCGCUACAACAAUCGUACCUAUCGUAUAGACGAUGUGGAUUGGAGUAAGACUCCAAAAGACAGCUUCACAGUGUCUGAUGGGAAAGAGAUUACAUUCUUGGAGUACUACAGCAAAAACUAUGGGAUCACUGUUAAGGAAGAAGACCAGCCACUGCUGAUCCACAGGCCCAGUGAGAGACAGAAUAGCCAAGGGAUGCUGCUGAAAGGUGAAAUCCUAUUGCUUCCUGAGCUUUCCUUCAUGACUGGAAUCCCUGAGAAGAUGAAGAAGGACUUCAGAGCCAUGAAGGAUUUGACCCAGCAGAUCAAUGUGAGCCCCAAACAGCACCAUUAUGCUUUGGAAUGCUUGCUACAAAAAAUCUCAAAAAAUGAGACCGCUAGCAAUGAACUGACACGCUGGGGACUCUCUCUGCAGAAGGAUGUACAUAAGAUUGAAGGACGUAUUCUGCCAAUGGAAAGAAUUAACUUAAGAAAUUCUUCAUUUAUCACGCCUCAGGACCUAAACUGGGCUAAGGAAGUAACCAGAGACCUUUCCAUCUUGACUGUUCCCAUGCAUUUCUGGGCACUGUUUUACCCAAAGAGAGCAAUGCAUCAGGCCCAAGAACUGGUUAACAUGUUAGAGAAGAUAGCUGGCCCCAUUGGCAUGCACAUCAGCCCACCAGCCUGGGUUGAACUAAAGGAUGAUCGGAUAGAGACCUAUGUCAGAACUAUUCAGUCCACGCUGAGAGUGGAGGGGAAGAUACAGCUGGUUGUUUGCAUCAUCAUGGGCCCACGUGAUGAUCUCUAUGGAGCCAUUAAAAAGCUGUGCUGUGUGCAGACUCCCGUGCCCUCGCAGGUCAUCAGUACCCGAACCAUUGGUCAGCCCAGCAGACUUCGGAGUGUGGCCCAGAAAAUUUUACUUCAGAUUAACUGUAAAUUGGGUGGUGAGCUCUGGGGAGUGGAUAUUCCUCUGAAACAGUUGAUGGUGAUAGGGAUAGACGUUCACCAUGACCCCAGGAGAGGCAUGCGCUCCGUGGUUGGAUUCGUUGCGAGCAUCAGCUUGACCCUCACAAAAUGGUAUUCCCGAGUGGUGUUCCAGAUGCCUCAGCAGGAGAUUGUGGACAGCCUGAAGCUGUGCCUGGUGGGCUCAUUAAAAAAGUUUUAUGAGGUGAACCACUGUCUCCCAGAGAAGAUUGUGGUGUAUCGAGAUGGAGUGUCUGAUGGCCAACUAAAGACAGUUGCCAACUAUGAGAUCCCUCAGCUACAGAAGUGUUUUGAAGUUUUUGAGAAUUAUCACCCCAAGAUGGUGGUAUUUGUUGUUCAGAAGAAAAUCAGCGCCAAUCUGUACCUGGCUGCUACUGAGCACUUUGUGACUCCCUCCCCUGGAACUGUGGUAGAUCAUACAAUAACAAGCUGUGAGUGGGUGGACUUCUACCUUCUUGCCCAUCAUGUAUGGCAGGGUUGUGGCAUUCCUACCCAUUACGUGUGUGUUCUCAACACUGCAAACCUGAGCCCUGAUCAUAUGCAGAGGUUGACUUUCAAACUGUGCCACAUGUACUGGAAUUGGCCUGGUACCAUCAGAGUUCCAGCUCCUUGCAAGUAUGCCCACAAGCUAGCUUUCCUGUCUGGACAGAUACUGCAUCAUGAACCAGCCAUCCAGCUGUGCGAGAACCUGUUCUUCCUGUGACUGGACAUCUAGGAUAUUGCUGCUUAGAGGAAUUUGACUCCCGAACUCUACUGUGACUUGUGCAGGAUGAGACCCAAGGGGGUUUUGUGUUGGUGUUUUCCUUUCGCCAACCCAGUAGGAUAAGAUAGCCUUUUCUUUCUUUUUUUUUUUUUUUUUCACUUUUAAACCUGGUAUCACUGAGACAUUUUUCCAUUCUAAGCUUCAGCUAGCUGUUGCCUUUGUAGAGCAAUGGCAACACUGCUGCUCUGCUGAUGGCGAGGGUGAAUACCAGGAAACUUAAGAGCUGCUAAAGUCAGUGUGAGCUGUAGAAACCUGCAGGGGCAGCAAUUACACCCUUAAGCCUUGCUUACUAAGUAAGCAUUUCCCACUUUUGGCUCCAGAGGUGAUAAUGAAUAAAGUCAUGGCAAGUUUCUGCAAGUGGACAGUUAACUUUAUCUGGGCAACUGGGAAAGGUAAAAGGCCCAUGAGGCAAAGGUUUUUAAGAUACUGCUUUUGUUGGCAGUGUGAAAGGCAUGCAUCAAACCCAGCUGGUGGCACUCAGGCCCUUGCUGACCUGAUCUUCUCCAGGGAUGGAGUGUGUGACACCUGUGACCUGAGCUGGCUUUGAACCUCUGAAAGGGGCCCUUACAGUCCUUGGCUUCCUGAGAGAGGCCCAGUAAAGUUUGUCCUCUAUGUUUCAGUUGCCUUACAGUAUACCAUGCUGAUUUCUUCCUAUUUCCCCCUCAACACACACCCCUUUGCUCUUUUGUUACUGAUAUUUAGUAAGUUUCAGUUUUUAAAUUAAGAAUCAAGAGUACAUGACAUUCAGCAGCUAGGAAGGUUCAUGAUGGAGAGUGUUUUUCUUCACCUUUCUCACAGGUGUUGAUAGAUACUUAUAAAUUGAAUCAGUCAUUUCCCUUGCUCAAUAACCUAUUCCUGGCUGCUGGCUCAUUUUGUUAGGAAUUUUUCUGAAUCUAGGUUAAGAUUUCCUGAAGUCUGCUUUGGAACACGUGACGGUCCUGCCAAAGUCCAGACAUUUCAGUCUAGAAAGUUGUCACUGUGCCCAUGGGUUUUAGUGUUUUGGGAAAAUGCUGUUUUUUGUGUUGAUUUUUUUCUCCAUUUUAAAAUCUUUUAGUCCCAUCAGGGUUAAUUCAGUCUUACCUUGUUUUACCUGGGUUUUAAAUGCCAGUUUUGUUUAAUCUUUUCAAAUGUAUAUUUAUUUUUUAUGUGAUGGCAAGGAGGGGACAAUCAGAAAUGCCCAUUUUAUAUGAUUGUGUGAGAAGAGAAACUGUAGCUUAAAACUCCUUAGAAGAAAACCAUUACGUUUUUGGUUUGCUGCAGCAUCAGCAGAGGCUAAGGGGCCGCAAGUUGGAACUCCAGGGCACCUCUGGGAGGAAGGGUAAGGCUGCAACCUGGAAUCUACUGAAUCAAACAGUUUGGAUCACUGAUCUGUGGCUUAAAGAUCAGUUUUCUUACUCUCUUCUGAAAAGAAUUUCUCUUUGAAUUUCCUAAUACUCAUUUUCUCUUAUAUAAUCAGAAAAGUCAAAUACAAAAAAUUACUUUUUAUUCCUGGUUUUCUUGUCUUGUUUCUCAGACUGCAUGUGAAAUGAUUGGGUCAUGGGGUAGAAAAUAAAUACAAACAAAUUUCUAUAAA